AUGGAUGAAUACACUUUAAAUUUAAAAAGUUUCCAAGUUGGAUUGCCCGCUAAACUUCUCGAAUACAGAAAAACCAAAUAUUUAAUAAACAAUUUUAACGGCAAGUCUUACAAGAAAAAGGAGGUAAAUGUAGCAGCUACUGUUAAAAGAUUCAAGUAUUUAUUAGAAAUUAGUACUCUGUUUAAACAGUUCUUGGAUAGAAAAGUUGAUUCAGGAGACGAACAAUAUAAACAAGUAUUAAGUAAUUUAUCUCACGAAAAUCCAUCUUUGUUGUCAAAUAAGCUAAAAAAUGGGGGCACCAAAGGAUUCACUCAUAGAUCUAGGUUAAGUGAACAUGAUGAAGACAAAGAAUUGUUAAAGGAAGAAACAAAAGAAACAAAGGAACAAGACUAUGAAGACGAUGUAGAUGAUGAAAUUAUUUUUACAGAAUCACCACUAUACAUUAAUGGGAAAUUGAGGCCUUACCAAAUUCAAGGUUUAAACUGGUUAGUUUCUCUACAUAGGCAUAAUUUAAGUGGCAUAUUGGCUGAUGAAAUGGGUUUAGGUAAAACUUUACAAACAAUUUCCUUUUUAGGAUACAUUAGAUAUCUAGAAAAAAAACCAGGUCCAUUUUUAAUAAUUGCUCCCAAAUCCACUUUGAAUAACUGGUUAAGGGAAUUUAAUAAAUGGACUCCCGAUGUGGAUGCUUUCAUUUUACAAGGUGACAAAGAGCAAAGGCAAAAUUUGGUUCAAGAUAGGUUAUUGGCAUGCAAAUUCGACGUAGUAAUUUCUUCAUACGAAAUUGUUAUAAAGGAAAAAGCUACAUUUAGAAAGUUUAAUUGGGAAUAUAUUGUUAUCGACGAGGCCCAUAGAAUCAAGAACGAAGAGUCAAUGCUGUCCCAAGUCAUUAGAGAAUUCACUUCUAAAAAUAGGCUAUUAAUCACCGGUACUCCAUUACAAAAUAACUUACAUGAACUAUGGGCAUUAUUAAAUUUUUUAUUACCCGACAUCUUUGCAGACUCUACUGCCUUUGAUGAGUGGUUUGGUGGCAAUGCUAAUGAAAGUGUUGAUGGUAAUGAAAAAACUGCUGCUGAUCAAGAUAAAAUUGUCAAACAACUUCAUGCGAUUUUGAGUCCAUUUCUAUUACGCCGUGUGAAAAGUGAUGUUGAAAAGUCAUUACUACCCAAAAAGGAAUUGAAUUUGUACGUUGGCAUGUCUAGGAUGCAAAAAAGUUGGUAUAGACGUAUUUUGGAAAGGGAUAUCGAUGCAGUCAAUGGCAAUUCUGGGAAAAAAGAAACAAAAACUAGAUUACUAAACAUUAUGAUGCAACUAAGAAAAUGUUGUAAUCAUCCUUAUUUGUUUGACGGUGCUGAACCAGGCCCACCAUUUACCACUGAUCAACAUUUGAUAGACAAUUGUGCAAAAUUAAAGGUUUUGGAUAAACUAUUGGAGAAAUUCCAAAAGGAAGGUUCGAGAAUUUUAAUUUUCAGCCAAAUGAGCAGACUAUUAGAUAUUUUGGAAGAUUAUUGUUACUUCAAAAAUUACGAGUAUUGCAGAAUUGAUGGCUCCACUGCACAUGAAGAUAGAAUUGAAGCAAUCGAUGAAUAUAACGCACCAGGUUCUAAAAAAUUUAUAUUUUUGUUAACAACACGUGCAGGUGGCCUAGGUAUCAACUUAACCAGUGCUGAUAUUGUUGUCUUGUAUGAUUCAGAUUGGAAUCCACAAGCCGAUUUACAAGCAAUGGAUAGAGCUCACAGAAUUGGACAAAAGAAACAAGUUAAAGUUUUUCGAUUUGUCACCAGCAACAGUGUCGAAGAAAAAAUUUUGGAGAGGGCCACUCAGAAAUUGAGAUUGGAUCAGUUAGUUAUCCAGCAAGGUAGAACCACUUUUGAAAAAAGGAAAACUUCUGGUGAAAAUAAAGAUGAUUUAUUAUCCAUGAUUCAAUUUGGUGCCAGAGAUGUUUUCAACAAUGCUACUACAGGUGAAAGUGCUGAUGUUGAUGAUGAAGAUGGGGAACAGUUUUCUUUGGAUGAACUGUUAGCUGAAUCUGAAAAGAAAACCAGAGCUUUGAAUGAAAAAUAUUCUAAUCUAGGGUUGGAUGAUUUACAGAAAUUUUCACACCAAGUGGACGAUUCCUAUGAAUGGAAUGGGAAAAGUUUUCAGAAAAAAGCUGCAGAUACAAAUAUUAUCGAUCCAUUGACUCUUUUCAAUGAAAACGGUGUUAGCAGUAGACGUGAACGUAACACCAAUUAUUCUAUUGAUGAAUAUUAUAGAGAUGUUUUGAAUCCGAAAAAUAAUGCAUCUACACCAAAGCCGCCAAGUCAACAUAAGAUGCCUAGACCAGCAAAUUUACCUAACCACCAAUUAUUGCCACCGAAAUUAAAAUUAUUAUUAGAAAGGGAAAGAUUAUGGACUAGUAAGAUUAACAAUUGUGUUCCUACUGUAGACGAUUUGAAACUAACUUAUAGUUGUAACGAAUUUCAAGAACAAGACGAGAAAGCCAAAUUAAAAAUUUUACAAAAUGCUAUUGAAAAUGCUCAACCUUUAAGCGUUCAAGAACUUGCUGAAAAAGAGCGGUUAAAAUCAAUGGGGUUUAUUACUUGGAACAAAAUAGAGUUUAGAAAGUUUUUAGCAGCCUCAGGAAGACACGGUCGUUGUUCAAUAAAGGCCAUUGCCAAAGAAUUGGAACAAACUAAGACAGAAGAGGAAGUUAGAGAAUAUUCAAAUUCAUUUUGGAAUAAUAUUAAUAGGAUUGAUAAUUUUGAAAAAAUUGUUAAAAAUAUCGAAGCCGAAGAGGAUAAAAUCAAGCGGACACAACUUCAACAAGAAGCAUUACGUAGAAAACUUUCUCAAUAUAAAAAUCCACUAAAAGAUAUGAAGAUUACAUAUCCAUCUAGCUCAGCUCCAAGUAAGAGGAUGUACUCUUUGGACCAGGAUAGAUUUUUGUUGAUCAUGUCCUUCAAGCAUGGUUUAAAUACACCAAACGCAUCUUCUCUGAUAAAAAAAGAGAUCAGUGAAUCACCUUUAUUUCUUAUGGAUUAUUUCUUCCAAAGUAGAACUGCUUCUGAAAUUGCCAGAAGAUGCCAAGUUUUGUUGCAAUACACAGAAAAAGAGUUUGAUACUGAACUAACGAUGACUGAUGAUUUGAAGAGUAGAAUUGUAAAUGAAGAUCUUGAAUAUUCAAGAAAAACCAAAAAAAUCAAGAAAUAG